AUGGCUAUCCCAACGCUAGUACUUGAUGUUGGGGAAGAGAAGUUACCUUCUUUAUUUUCGCUAAAUUCCUCUACAGAUCAAAUAGAAAAUGAUACGAAAACCGAAGAAGCUCUAUGGGAUGAAUUUUCAAGUCAAUUAGUCAAAGACCCAGAAUCACUAAAAACAUUUACCAGCCAAUAUCAAAAAAUGUCAGAAGUCUCUUCAGAAUCAUUGACUCUCAAGAUAGAUCCGACACCGGGAUAUGUAGUUAAAACCCACCUCUUGGAAGGAACAACGAUGCCUCACCCAGCUGGCGUAAAAUUACUUAUUAAUGUUGUGCAUUCCGAAAAGGUGCCCGAGCCGUCACCUGCCACUGACCAAGAAAUUCAGCAAGCCAUGGAAGUGGUAGAAGGUGCCAGUUAUCCAGUCCCCCUUGUUGUCGGAAAUCUAAGGGAAGAUGUUGAUAAAGAAGGCUCCAAACAUUGUCUUGUUUGUGAUGUUGUGUUGAAUACAAAGAUAUACAAAAAGACCGAAAAAAAUUACGAUUUUAAGCUUUUUAUUGCUGAGCAUGUGAUGGAACACAUUGAAGACAAGCAUAAGCUUAGAUUGAAUCGAGAAAUCGCAUUUCCAAAAUUGCGAUGUAAGGGUAAAUUAGAAACCAUUAAUUUGCCCGUAGUUGGAAAACAACGAGCACCCAUGAUAACAGAGGUGUCUCUUCCGACUGCUGCUACUAAGAAUAAAGCAACAACAAUAUCAAAGGAGACACCAUCACCCCGUUUACCAUUAGAUCAAAUACAAAAUCCACAGCAAAUCGCAAAAUCAUUGCCGAUUCCUAUUACUGAGCCAAAAUAUUCAAUCGCUGAAGAAAAAAUCCGCGGAAAAAAUUACGUAAAAAUUUCAAUUGAUGUUCCCAAGCUGGAAGCAACGAAAUCAACAACCUUAGAUAUAGAACCAUCGCGUUUGAUAUUCUAUGAUCCGCAAAAUUAUCUAUUAGACAUCAAUCUACCAGGUUCUAUUGAUAUUGAGACAGCGAUCGCACAAUUCGUGAAGCCAAAAAAGAAGAUCGUGCUGAAAGCUGAGAAAAAUAUCGUCUAA